ACGCCCUCACCGUUGUCGUUCCCGUUUGGCCGCACGCGUCCGCCACACCCCAGCUCGCCUCCCCGGCUCACGUCUGCCUCUGUUUGCCGCCCUUCCCGCCGCCGUUCCCAUCUGGCCGCACGCGCCGGCCACACCCCAGCUCGCCUCCCCGCCCCCGGCUCACUGCGGCUCCCGUCUGCUUCCGUCUGCAGUCCUCCCCGCCGCAGUUCCCAUCUGGCUGCACGCGCCUGCCGCACCCCGGCCCACCUCCCCGGCUCGUGAACGCCUCCUUCCGCCGCCCUCAAAUCCGCGUCGUCUUUGGCGUGACAAUCCUGUGGUUCCUCCAGUUGAACGGUGACGAGUACAGCGGAUUUUGGCCUUCCGAUUCGAUUAAAAAUUCUGUCGUGCAGUUCCUAUUAAGGUCCAACCCAUUUGAAGGCAAUUGAAAGGCCAAAACAGAUUGAUUAAGGUGCCACCACCUAACAAAACCAAGCUUGCAAUGGAAUCCUCCUCAAGCAAUGGUAGCAAUGUGCCACUGCCUGCAUCUCAACACCCUCUACAUGUGACAGAUGCAGAUGAGGAGGACAAGAGUGUAAAGCAGCUUAACGAGUGUGCCACAAUAUAUCUAUCUCUCCAGGACUGCCUCAUUGAGUCAAACCGCAACUGGAAGGUCUGCCAAGCAUACGUCCAAGCACUGAAAGCCUGCCAGGCUAAAAGAAACAAAAGUGAUCAAACCUAAAGCUUUACAUAUGUGAGUAGCUGAUAUCCUAAAAUGGUCAGCACGGAUGCCAGUUUGCAGGGGACAGGAAGCAAUGCUCCAGAUGUUAGUUGCAGAUGGAGAUGGGCUCUUCUCAAACAGCUCAGAAUCUCUGAUGACCAUGAUGUUUCUUUGUUACGUUUUUCUGCAUAAGUUCACUGAACAACAGUAGAAUUUCAAUUCUGUUUCUGUAUUUCCCAAUCCCCCAAUAAGAUUAAUGGUUUCAGAUUUAUUAAUAGGACAACUGAACAAGACAUUCUUGCAUA